AAAAUUGUAAAUCCCUGAAAAAAGUGUGCUGUGUCUUUAAAUGAAGGUGGCCCUACAAGCAGGAACCUUUCUGUUAGUGGUAAAUGAAACUGAAACUUUGAAGCAGUCUGUUUCUACAAUGGCAUCUAGCAACCAUGCCGGAGAUUUUAUGGAGGAAUUUAUUUGCUCAGUUUGUCUUGAACUGUUAAAUGUUCCAGUAACGCUGGAGUGUGGCCACAAUUUCUGCAAAUCUUGUAUUGACAGAGUAUGGGAGAUUGAGAAACAACCUUCCUGUCCUGAGUGCAGAGAGGAAUUCACAGCCAGAAAAUAUGCAAUGAACAGACUGCUAGCAAAUGUGAUUAAAAGGGUGCAAAUACAGUGUGAGAAAGAAGGACCUAAUCCAUGUCAGAAAGACCAUCUUUGCAUGGAACAUAAAAAAAGGCCUGAGUUGUUCUGUGAAGAGGAUGAAGUUUUGGUUUGCUCACUGUGUGUUCCAGAACACCGUGGUCACAACUUCUUGACAGUGCAGAAAGCACUUGAAAUGUACAAGGACAAACUGACAACAUUUCUAUCUCAUCAGCAGUCAAGUCUGAAACAUUUUAAAGAAGUAAAGUACCAGCAAGAAACAAAGAUAUCAGAAAUCAGAAUGCAUGCUACAAAUUUACAUUUCCACAUAAUAUCAGAAUUUGCCAACCUUCAUCAGUUCCUCAAGGUAAAGGAAGAAAAUCUGGUCCAACAGCUGAAGGAGGAAGAAAAUGAAAUUCUGAAAGAGAUGGAGGAAAACCUGAGUAAAAUUAAAGAAGAUAUUAAUGCCUUUCAGGAAUCAAUUUCUAGUAUUCAGUUACAGGUGCAGCGACAGGAUGCACUGACUUUUCUAAAGGAAAUGAAAUCAUUCUCAGGGAGGUAUAGAAAGACACUUUGUUUCACAAGUGAUAAUGAUCCAAGUGUUGUGGCCAAUGAUCUGAGUCUCGGGGUACACAAAAGCCCUGUGCAGUAUUUUGUAUGGAAGGAAAUGGAAGCCAUCCUUAAACCUGAGGUCUAUAAUAUUUCAUUUGACACUAAAACUGCACAUCCUAAUGUAAUAUUCGCUGAAGGCCUGGCUAGCAUUACAUAUGGAUAUGUUAGAAAACAACUCCCUGACAAUCUUGAGAGGUUUGAUCCUACUAUCUAUGUAGUUGGAUCAAAUGGAUUCACAUCAGGAAGACACUACUGCGAGGUAGAAGUGGCGAAUAAGACUAAGUGGGUUCUGGGUGUCGCCAGAGAGUCUAUCAACAGAAAGGGGAAGAUCACCAUAAGCCCUGAGGCUGGAUUCUGGACUUUGAGCCUGAGUAAUGGAAAUGAGUAUACAGCUAAUGAAUCACCAGCAAAGGCUCUUAGCCUGAGUGUGAAACCCCAUAAGAUCUGUGUGUACCUGGAUUAUGAGGGAGGACAAGUGUCAUUUUAUACUGCAGAUAGCAUGUCCCACCUCUACACCUUCAGAGAUACUUUCACUGGAAGACUCUAUCCCAUUAUUUCUCCUGGAAUUUAUAAUGUUGGCAUUAAUAUAGAAUACUCGAACCUGUUUAACUUAAAACCAUAAUUCUAAGGUGAAUGUUGAUACACUGACGUGGAUUUUAAAAUGUUUCUGUCCUAUGAAGAAUGGGUUUGAAAAAAUCAACAUUCAGAAUAAAAUAUAUUAGAAAUGUUGUAAACAUAUUUAAUGGCUGAUAGCAUUCUUGUGAAAGAAGUGUAUAAAAUAAAAAUAUAUUUAAUGACAAUAAGACUUAAAAGAAAUGCACUUUUUGAGGAUAUUCCAAUCAAAUAUGUGCACAUUUUAUUUUGCAUCUAGAAAUGUCACAUUGUUUAUGUAACUAUUAGUGAGGCCUUAUUUACAAAUAGAUCAUGAAUCGAAUAUAUCGAUAUUAAAGAUUGUUUUGACAUAAAUAUUAAAACUGACAGGACAUGAAUGCCAUUGGUGUAAUCAGAGCAACGGGUUUACUUUCCAAAGCUAAUUUGCAUGUAAAACAUGAAAACAUGUCAGUGUUCUAAUUUGUUAUUUUGUCCUACCUUUGUAAUGCUGAUAACUUCUCCCAUCCAGCAGCCCUGCCUUGUUUUUUUCUUUCCUCAGAUUCUCUUGGUGCUUCAUACAUUAUUGUAAACUAACUGAUAUGCAAAAUUGUGCUGGUUAACUGGUGAAUACAAACAAUAUGCCAAUUGUAAAUCCAGCUUUACCCACACUGACUGUAGCUAUUAAAAAAACAAAAACUACAACUACAAUGUUCUCCAUUUUGGUAAGCAGAGACAGAAAACACAGCUAUCAACAGGGUAGGAGGCAAAUUAUGCCCCCCUCCCCACCAAAGUCAAAGAGAACAAAUGAACUCGGAAGAUGUUUACCAAAAUUAGUUCAAAAUAUUUGGAGUCUGUAAGUGCCCUCACAUAAACAGUUUUGAUACAUUCACAUUCCUAAGUCCUUAAAGCCUUAACAUGUGUGUGCCACACAUGAAGCAAGCAAUUAGAAAGUCAUCCUCAGAUGUGGAAGAUGACAGAAAAAGAUUCUACAAGACAGAUGAGACCUACAUAUCUAUUACUUAAAAAUGUAAGCGAUUUAUUUUUUAAAUUAUGGCAUUGUAUAAUAUCAAUACACAGCUCCUUUGUGUGGAUGAUAUAGGUUUUGGCCACAGGUGGCUUUAUUUUAACAUUCUGGCUUCAACCUUGAGAUCAGACAAUACCAACCAUGUAUAAAGGUUGAGGUAUUCAUAGUCAGUCUCAAAUUAUUUCUUAAAUGGAUCCCAGCACUGCCCGCUAGAGGCUAUAGUACACACUCAAGCUGUGUAAAUAUUGGCUGCACUGGUACUACCAAGAGUCGUCACCUACUAAACCCCAACCCCUAUGUACCUAUAAAGACAGAUCCUCUUGUGCUGUAACUCAAGGAGGAGCAUCACAGGUUAGUUUUUAAGAAGCAAAUUUUAUGGACUAAUGGACUUUCUUGUAUUUUAAUCCACCAAUUAGAAUUAUUUCCCCAUACUACAAUGUAAGCAGGGAUAUUGUAAUUGAAAAAGAAGACUAAAAUGUUUUUUGAAUUGCUGCCAUUUUAAUUUAGCCUAGUGAAUGUGUAUAUUUUGUGAAAACAGAAAAAUAUGCUCAUGAAAUGGCUCUUAUGAGUCUGGGCAUCUUAAGAUAUGUAACUGCUAUGUUACUGAGAAGGUAUUUUUUCUUUUUCAUAAACAUAAAAUACAGUUUGACAAUGUUAUAUGAGCUCAACAGCAUUUCAGUAUUUCACCAUAUUGUACUAUGGCCAUUCUUUUAUUGUGAGUUGUAUUUGGUAGGGACUUUCAUCAAGAAAUAUUCACCAGCUAACAUAACACAGUCACCUACAAUACAAAUUGUGUAUAAGCACUUUACGU